ACAAAUUCAAGGAGUCAAAUGUCAUUAUUUGAUCAAUUCCAUCCAGUAAUUUUCCAGAGGCCUUGAAUCUUUUGAAUUAAUAAAAUAGAAAGAGUAGUUUAAUUUUGAGCAGUACAUGUUGCGCUAGUAGCUUAAGAGGCAAUAGCAGAGGGUUCUUUUAGUUUCUUCAAUGAAGAAAAAAGGUUGUGAAAUUGAAGCAAUAGGGAUAAAUUACACGAUCCAUGCACACAAAAAAGAGAUUUUUAGCACAAGAAAACAGCAAGAAAACGUACCUAAAGUUGUGCUCAAAGAUGUUAAUCUAAGAGCCAAACCAUGGGAAAUUCUUGCCAUUGUUGGUCCAAGUGGUGCUGGAAAGUCCUCAUUGCUCGAAAUCCUUGCCGGAAAAGUUACACCGCAAUCUGCAUACAUUCAUGUCAAUCAGAAGCCACUUGAUAAAGCCCGGUUCAAGAAGAUUUCUGGAUAUGUUACUCAGAAGGAUACACUAUUUCCACUCCUUACUGUUGAAGAAACCUUGACAUUUAGCGCAAAACUGCGGUUAAGGCUCCCGGGGGAGGAAUUAAGAUCAAGGGUGAAAUCGUUGAUUCAGGAACUGGGCUUGAGUCGUGUAGCUGGAGCGCGAGUAGGGGACAACAAGGUCCGGGGGAUUUCCGGAGGAGAGAGACGGCGCGUGUCCAUUGGUGUGGAGGUGAUACAUGAGCCUAAAGUGCUGAUUCUUGACGAACCAACUUCUGGACUUGAUAGCAUUUCAGCUCUUCAGAUCAUCGACAUGCUUAAGGCCAUGGCCGAAACCUGGGGCCUGACAAUAAUUCUUAGCAUCCACCAGCCAGGAUUCAGAAUUGUGAAACUGUUCAAUUCGAUUCUCUUGUUGGCUAAUGGCUCUGUUCUGCACCAGGGCUCGGUGGAUCUACUGUCUGUCAACUUGGGGCUGAUGGGGUUAGUCCUUCCUACACAUGUAAACGUUGUCGAAUUCGCCAUAGAAUCCAUUGAAGCGAUUAAACAAACAGAUAAUGUGCAGAAUCAAACACGGUCCCGAUUGCCAUCAAUUCCACCAAACAAGACAAUUGAAGGUGAAAGCAGAACUGGGAGAUGUACUCUGCAACAGCUCUUUCAACAAUCCAAGGUUAUGGACGAAGAAUCCGUUGAUGCUGAAAUCGAUUUUCGAACUGGUUUCACCAAUUCCAGAUUGUGUGAAACGAUAAUUCUGAUGCAAAGAUUCUGGAAAAACAUUUACAGAAGCAAAGAACUGUUUGCGUGCAGGACAAUUCAAAUGCUGGUAUCUGGGAUUAUUCUGGGCUCAAUAUUUUACAAUCUAAAAGACAAUUUAGUUGGUGCAGAAGAAAGAGUGGGCCUGUUUGCAUUCAUUUUGACAUUUUUGCUCUCCAGCACCACAGAAGCCCUGCCAAUUUUCUUGCAAGAGAGAGAAAUACUUAUGAAAGAAACCUCCCACGGCAGCUACAGAGUAUCGUCAUACGCCAUUGCUAAUGGUCUUGUGUACUUGCCAUUUCUGCUUAUUCUCGCAAUAUUAUUCUCAGUACCGGUAUAUUGGCUAGUGGGAUUAAAUCACAGUUUCACAGCUUUCACCCAUUUCUUGCUGCUAAUUUGGUUGAUUCUCUACACAGCAAAUUCAGUAGUAGUAUGCUUCAGUGCAUUGGUGCCAAAUUUCAUUGUGGGGAAUUCAGUAAUAUCAGCAGUCAUGGGAUCAUUCUUUCUGUUUUCUGGGUACUUCGUAUCGAAACAUGGAAUCCCAAAUUACUGGAUUUUUAUGCAUUAUAUUUCCUUGUUCAAGUAUCCAUUUGAAGGGUUGUUGAUAAAUGAGUUCUCGGAUUCGAAAAAGUGUUUGGAUUACAUGUUUGGAACUUGUGUAGUGAGCGGUGAAGAUGUGCUCAAAGAAGAAGGCUAUGGGGAUGAGAAAAGUUGGUGGAGGAAUUAUGUGAUAAUGGCUUGCUUCAUUUUGGUUUACAGGUUUGUUUCUUAUCUCAUUCUCAGGUGUAGAUGCUCGCAUAGAGGAAUCAAAGGGAUCCUCAUUUGAACGCCAACGAUAACGCUCCGGUAUAUUGAGUCGCACAUCGCCAAGUUCGGUUUAACAAUGCUUCUCACGAAUUGGUUUUAAGUGAGUUCUAUUCAUUCCUUUCCCCUUUUUUCUUGGGCAAUUCAGAAUAGUGUGUUAAUGGAAUUGCCUAAUUGUUCUUGUUAUUGGAUCAGGGUUACAUAAAACGUAUGGAUGAAAGUCAAAUUAUUAUUGAGUAAAAGAAUUUUAUGUGAAAGAAAUUCUUUUUGUUCAAACUA